UUAAUGUGAACAGACUCUCCGGUCUGUUUUGCUGUACCCCUUCGGAGUACUUUCAGUGGACACAGAUCAGCUGCUUGAAAUUGAACGUGAGGCAUUGGACCCCAUUGCAAGAGAAUGUGGCCUAAGUAUAUUCAUCAGCUCCUCUGCGUUGGUUAGCCAUUGCAUCCUUGAGAAGGAAAGAAGCUCGCUUUAGUGCUGCAGUGGUUGCUGGAUCCCUGGUAGCCACUCGCGAGAGUAUGAAGGGGAGCUGUUCCGUCUACACGCAGAUUCACUGGCUUUGGAAGCAGAAGGUUUGCGAGUUUUAAUACCUUUCAAGUCUCAACUCCUUGCAAGGAAUCAAUUAGGCCACUAUAAAUACUUGAAAAACGAAAAGCAGAGUUAGUUUGUGAGUGCGCUUAACAAUCCAAGGUUAAUAACAAUGGGAGACAAUGAUGAUAAUCGGGACAAAGGGUUAUUUUCACAUCUUGCUGGAUAUGCUGCUGGACACUAUCCACGGCCACAUGGGGCAUACCCUUAUCCUCCUCCUCAAGGUGCAUAUCCUCCUGCAGGUUAUCCUCCUCCUGGCGGAUAUCCACCAUCUGGGUAUCCUCCUCCUGGUGGAUAUCCUCCCUCUGGGUAUCCUUCUCCAGCUGGAUACCCACCGGCACCGCCACCAGGAUAUCCACCACAUGGUGGAUAUCCUCCUGCUGGUUAUCCUGGUCCCUCAGCUCACCAUCACUCGGGGCAUGGACCUCCAAUGGGUGCAUUACUAGCUGGUGGUGCUGCAGCAGCGGCUGCUGCAUAUGGGGCUCACCAUCUGGCACAUGGUGCACACCAUUCUGGUCAUGGUGGAUAUUAUGGUCAUCAUCAUGGGAAGUUUAAGCAUGGGAAAUUUGGCAAGCAUGGAUUCUAUGGAAGGCACAAGCACGGCUUCUUUGGAAAGCACAAGCACAAGUUCAUGGGGUUCAAGAGAUGGAAGUGAUUGGCGUGUCUUGGGAUUUGUUUCUUCCAUUCUGUGUUGCUGCUUUCUCCAGGAUCACUGUGUUUUAUUGGUUUGGUUGAAGAAUUUUUUGAAUAAUUUGGGAACUAAAUUCAGCGUGUAUAUAAAUACAUAGCUAGAUUUCAGCGUGCAUUUUUCUCUAUAUAGUUUAAGAUUUUUGUCACUUUGCUGUCACCUAGCUUGUUUAUGCAGAUUUGGUUUUUGGUACUUACAGAUGUUAGUAACACUAUCCUUGUGUUAGUAUUCCUGAUCUCCCUCAUGAGAACAAUAAUAACCAGAGACUUCUUGCCUA